CUUAAACCACUUAUUCUUUGAAGCUUUUCAUUUUUUUUUCAAUCCUUAUUUGACCAUAAAUUUAUUGACAGGUGAAUUGUUUACAAAUAAACUGUGACUCAUUAUCAUUACCCUCUUGACAAAUUUUGAAAUUUUCUGUAUUUUAAAGAAAAGGAUAAGGCACUUGCUUCAAAUUUACCAAAUAAAAGAAAAAAAUCAAGAUGCCGCUUGAAUUUCUGUUUGGGAAGAAGAAGACACCUGAGGAAAUGCUACGUCAAAAUCAAAGGGCAUUAAAUAAAGCUAUGAGAGAUUUAGACAGGGAAAGAGCAAAGAUGGAACAGCAAGAAAAGAAAGUCAUCAAUGAUAUAAAGAAAAUGGCAAAGCAAGGACAAAUGGAUGCUGUCAAAAUUAUGGCUAAAGAUUUAGUGAGAACAAGACGCUAUGUGAAGAAGUUUAUUUUGAUGAGAGCAAAUAUCCAGGCAGUUUCCUUGAAGAUUCAGACAUUACGAUCAAAUAAUGCCAUGGCACAAGCCAUGAAAGGGGUCACCAGAGCUAUGGGAACUAUGAACAGACAGCUCAAGUUACCACAGAUACAGAAGAUAAUGAUGGAGUUUGAGAAGCAGUCUGAGAUAAUGGAUAUGAAGGAAGAGAUGAUGAAUGAUGCUAUUGAUGAUGCCAUGGGAGAUGAAGAUGAUGAAGAAGAAUCUGAUGCUAUUGUUGGACAAGUGUUGGAUGAAUUAGGACUUCAAAUGGCAGAUGAAUUAACAGGGUUACCUUCCACCGGAACAUCAUUAAAAGCUGGUGGGAGCAAACAGCCGGCAGCUGAGGCAGCGGGGGCUACAGGUGGUGGUGGACCGGACUCAGACGCUGAUCUGGAAGCGAGGUUGGAGAAUCUACGGCGGCAGUGAUCACCUGUGAUAUAACAUACAUCAUUAUCAAAAUAAUAUUAACAUUGCUAAAAAAUUCAAUACCCACGUAACAAAAUUAGUUGAUCAGUGACAUAGCUAGAUUUAUUAAGCUGCCAUAUGACAGGGCGUGACCAGUAAUUGCCCAAUUGUUAAACAGAACUUCGUAAGAAGAGACCUACAAAUGUAUUUUAUAUCCUUAGUCCUGCUGAGUUUUUGUAAUGGACAUAACCUUCUUUGAAACUAGAACUGUACAUUGUUAUUCAAGGGGAUUUCAAUAUGUAAAUGUUAAAACUGGAAUGCAACUUUAUACAUGUGUAGGCUGAUCAUACUUCACAGAUGUACAUGCUGGCCUAGAUUUGUAGUGUAGGCUUGGGCAUAUCAGUAUCUCUGCAAAUAUGAUAGGAUUAACUUACUGAACAUAAUUUCAGACAAAAUUAAACAGAAGUUAGUCAGAAAGGGGUAAAAUUGAUUGCAUGUACAGUUGACAAAACUUUUUAAAUGGUAAUUGAAUUUUCUAGGUAAAAUGUUGUUAUGUAACUGUUUAAUAUAUUUAGUUCUAUGUUUCAUGAAAUUUUUAUAUACCAAUUUAUUCUCAUUUAAUCCAUUAUAUGAAAGUUUGAUUUGAAAACUGUGUGAUUUCAGUUAUAUGUUCAUUACUUUAUCAGGAAUGAUUUUCAUCACUCCAAGUUGUAAUCUUAUAUUUUCAUUCGGUGUACACAUUUGGGGAAAAGAAUGUCAGCUUUAUACACGUCAGUUUUUUAGAGUUCCAUCAAAAAACCAUUUGUUUGUUGUAUAAUAUAUUUUUUUAAUUUUAUCCAUGUGUUAGUACUUAAUGAUUAUAGAGACAAGAGAUAGUGAUGAUGAUGUCCAUUCUUCCUAUAUAUCAAGGAUUAUUUAUUCUAAAAAAACUAAGAUCUGAACGUACAUUGUUACCUCCAGUUUUUUUCCUCUUUCUUUUGUUUAAGACCUUAGCAAUUUUUUACGGUUCACAUGACAAAAACAAGUCUGUUUAUAAACAUACAUGUAAAUCUGCUAAAGUAGAAAAAAUACUGCUUUAAAGUUGAUACAUAAUGCUUAAUGUUAUUCCAUAUGUCAUACUAAAUUAUUCUUUAAUAUCUCCAGGGACAUUUAAUUUUUUCGAGUGAGGAUAUUCAAAGCUUACAAGUUAGGUAAUGAAAGGCAGUGGUUCAAGUAAGUUACCUGCUUGUGUAUGAAAUAAUGCUUGGUGGGACACCUGAGGUCUUCUUCCAUAAAUAAAAGCUUGAAACUGCCAUAUGACCUUUGUAGUGUCUAUAUGACUGAAACCCAACACCACAAAAAAGUUUUAAAAUCUUUUUAAACUUUAUGGUAGUCUACAUUUUAUAAAUAAAUUUCAGAAUAUUUUCAUAGCUUAAACAUUUCUAAUUUCUUAAGAUGAAAUAUUUGAUAAUUCUAUAAUUGCCUGAUAUUUCAGUAAGCUUGAAAUUUUAGGAAAUAGUUCACACAAGUUGAAAUUUUUAUUCAUCAGUUAUUUUACACAUUUUUCAUGGCACUGUGUACUGAGUUAUGUAUAUAUGUGUGUAAGUGCUGUGAAUUGAAUGGUGUAUAUGUAUAUAUCAAGUCAGUGUCAUGCUGUGUAAUUAAGGAGAUAUAUUGACAUAUUAUCUCUCAUAUGUAGAUAUUAAAAUCUAUGUGCAAUGCUGGCCAAUGCAGUGUGAUAUCGAGAGUAUAAUUGUGCACAUGUAUGUAUGUCACCUUAGUGCAGGAACAGCUUAACUCCUUAUUUAAUAUAUUAGGAGUUAACCUGUUCAUGCACUGUGGUAAUGAUCAUUAAUGAUUGAUAUUUUUGGCAUGACUGUAAAAAUAUUAAAUGGAGGCCUCCAGAUGGAAGGUUUAACAUUUUAGCAAGGUUACCGUUUAACAGGAAUCAUUAACCCUUAGCGUGCUAAUGGCAAUUAACUCUAACCAAAUUAUGUGUGCAUACCAAGAUCAGCUAGCACAUUCAGGCUUUUUGGAGAUAUUCUGCACUGUUUGCUAUUCUGUCAAUACAUAUUUUUGAAUUUUCACCAAAGAAAGAUGAAAGGUUUUGUCAUGGUAAAGGGUUAAAAUUUGACUGCAGCUCGAAUGGUUUGAUUUUCUCCUAACUUGGAAUUGUUUUUUGUGUGUGGAAGCCUUACUAUUGGCCAAAUGAAAGUGUAUUGAUCCAUUUAUUUUUGUGGAAUUAUUCAUUUCUAGUUUUCUUCUUUUGUAAAAUACAUUAAACUUCAUAUUAGAUAAAUACAAGGACAAAUAAUUAUUAUUGGUCUAUUCCUAGACUUAAAAUACAAAUCAUAACUCAACAUUUUGUAACCGUUCUGAUUACAUCAGUUUUUGUCUAGUUAUUGUUUGAUUCUAUAUUGAUGUUCAAAGUCUUAAUGUUAAGUUAAAGUAUUUGAUUUCAGAUUUUUUUUAAUUAUCAAUAUUUUUUUUUAUGCCCCCGCCAUAUAAUGGCAGGGGCAUAUAGUGUUACCCUGUUCCGUCAUUCCGUCAUUCCGUCCUUCCGUCCUUCCGUCAUCAUCAGUUUCCGUUCAUUAUCUUAAUAACCCUUGCACAUAUUGAACUCAAAUUUGACAUAUGGAUAUGUCAUGAGAAAAUACAGGUCAAGUUCGAAAUUGGUCAUGGUUCGAUGAUUUUUGGCAGAGUUAUGCCCCUUUUACAUUGAAAAUAAUCUGAAAUUUUUAGUUUCUGUUCAUUAUCUCCCAAACGGUUCAAAACAUUCAAUUCAAAAUUGACAUAUGGAUAUGUCAUGAGAAAAUACAGGUCAAGUUCGAAAUUGGUCAUGGUUCGAUGAUUUUUGGCAGAGUUAUGCCCCUUUUACUUUGAAAAUAAUAUGAAAUUUUCAGUUUCCGUUCAUUAUCUCCCCAACGGUACAACACAUUCAACUCAAACUUGACAUAUUGAUAUGUCAUGAGAAAAUACAGGUCAAGUUCAAAUUUGGUCAUGGUUCGAUGAUUUUUGGCAGAGUUAUGCCCCUUUUACUUUGAAAAUAAUAUGAAAUUUUCAGUUUCUGUUUAUUAUCUCCCCAACAGUAUUUAACAUUCAACUCAAAUUUGACAUAUUGAUACGUCAAAGGAAUGCGCAGGUCAAUUUCAAAUUUGGUCAUGGUUCGAUGAUUUUUGGCAGAGUUAUGCCCCUUUCACUUUAAAAAUAAUAUGAAAUUUUCAGUUUCCGUUUAUUAUCUCCCCAACAAUAUUACACAUUCAACUCAAAUUUGACAUAUGGAUAUGUUUUUGGAAUGCGCAGACCAAGUUCGAAUCUGGUCAUGGUUCAAUGAUUUUUGGCAGAAGUAAUGCCCCUUUCACUUUGAAAAUGAUAUGAAAUUUACAGUUUCUGUUCAUUAUCAACCCAACAGUGUUACAUAUUCAACUCAAAAUUGACAUAUGGAUAUGUCAAAGGAAUGCGCAGGUCAAGUUGGAAUUUGGUCAUGGUUCGAUGAUUUUUUGGCAGAGUUAUGUCCCUUUCACUUUGAAAAUAAUAUAGAUACAUCUUAGGAAUAAGCAGUUUAAGUUUGAAUUUGGUCGUGGUUCAAUGAUUUUAGACAAACUUAUCUUUCCUGAAUGUUGGAAAAAUUUUGAACUUUCAGUUUCAGCACUCAUACUUUUGUGGAAAUGUAUAUAGCCAUUAUGUUGGCUACAAAUAUGCAAUAUGCUAUUUUUAAAAGGUUAAGACUGAAUAAUUUCAGUGCCUUGAACAUUGUAUAAAAAUGGUUAAGACUGAAUAAUUUCAGUGCCUUGAACAUUGUAUAAAAAUGGUUUGUGUUAACAUUGAAAACUUUUGAGGGCUUUGAACUUAAAAUGAAAAAAAUAAUUUGUGCAAACAAAUUUGGAACUAAAUAUUAUAACAUUUGAAAUUUUGGCUGCAUGCGGGGGCAUCCGUGGCAUGAUGACACAUUUCUAGUUUUGUUUUUUUUUUGAACGGGUUUUUUUGACUGAGAGAUACAUGUAUGACAUGACCCAGAUGAAAUAACUUAAAUAAGAUACUAGUAAUACAUUUUUUACUUUUUACAUGUUUUACUUUUGAUUUUGUAUGAUUUUAUUUCUCAGGUAGCUUUUAAAGAAGACCAGAAAUGCAAUCUUUUCAAACAAUGAUUUAACUGAAUUAAUGUCAAUUACUUAUUUUCUUCAUCAUUGGAUUCAGAAAUAUGGGAUAAAGAAAAUAAAAUUACUUUUUAGAAAGUUGAAAUAUCAAAAUAACUAAAUAAACUUUGAUUAAUGGAUGGAUGGAUGAAUGAAUAAAUGGAUGAAUGAACGAACAAAUGAAUGUUGCUUUUAAAACUUUAGAUAUCAUUGUUUGGUGCGAAUGUAUUAUUUUAAAUGUAGUCUUCAUGUUUUCUUGUUCUAAUGAGAUAGUAUUUUGUUAAUUUGAUAUUUAAGAUAAGAAGUUUCUUGUAGAUAAACCAUUGUAAGAUAUGAACAAAUAAAAUCUGUAAUAUCUUGAAAA